AUGAAACUUCAUGGUAAAUGUAUUUACCAGUAUGCACUAUUACUCAUUCUAUCACAAACAACUGAAAUGAUAUUUGGUCUAACCUACAUCAACUCUAGCAUAACAGGAACACAACACUGGACUCUAAAUGAAUCACCAUUCAUCAUUGUACACAAUGAUUUAAUCAUAAAUCCCAAAUCUAAACUUAUCAUCGAUCCUGGUGUUCGUAUAUUGAUUGGUGCUGGGCUAUCAAUUAAGGUGAAAGGUGUUAUUUAUGCCAAAGGAACUUCAGAUCGUAGAAUUGUAUUCACGAAAUGGAGUGCUUCUGAUAAACAUAAUUCUCCGCUUGAAAACAAUGUGAAUGAAGCUAUGAUAUUACCACGCAUUAACACGUUUACUGAUCAACCUUAUCAUAAAAUUAGAUUAGUGAAUGGAAAAUGUAUCAAUCAAGGUGAACUGCAAAUAUGGUUAGCUAGUAAAUGGAGAUCUGUUUGUAGUCAAAAUAAUGAAUGGAGUAAAAUAGAUUCUCGGAUAGCUUGUCAACAACUCGGUUACUUCAAUGGGAAUUUCUCUCUUGGUGCACAGUCAUUUAAUCGAUAUCCAAGUGUACAAAUUAUAAAACCUAAUUGUUUUGGUAACGAGACAAAUAAACUCGGUUUAUUUUCUUGUCCCGGUUUAAUGGAAAAUAUCAGUUAUGGAAGAAAUAUAUGCCAUUUACAAGAUUUGGUUAAUUUAAAUUGUUGGGGUGUUAAUCGUAAGCAGUUUAUUGGUUAUUGGAAAGGAAUAGAAAUUAUCAAUGCAACUCAUAAAGAAGUGAAUAUUCCUGAAGAAUGGGGUGGAACUUAUGGAAAUACACGUUUAAAUAUUUCAGCAUCAAUUUUCGAAUAUGUAGACAUUCAGUUUGCAGGUGUAAAUCGAUCAAACUAUCAGUCGGCAGCAUUAAUCUCAACUCCUUAUCCACCAGUUCUAUAUAAUGUCCGUUUUGCUUCUAAUGCUCAUCAUGCUAUAAACUUUCAAAGAAUUCGUGGUCUAGCAAUACUUGAAAAUGUAACGACAGAAAAUAAUCAUGGACAUGGAAUCAAAAUCACAUCAAUUAUGGGUUAUAUUAGAUUAAAAGGUGUUACUUCACUAAGAAAUAAUGGUGAUGGAUUAAAUAUCAAAUUAUUUAGCGGUUCACAUUAUCAUUGGUCUGAAGAAACACUUGAAUUCAUACAUAAAGCUUAUUGGGUUUGUCGACCUGGUUCAAUACCGGCUAGUCCAGUUUUUCCAUUCUUAAUGAUAGCUGAACUACCUGGACCAACGUUUAGAACAAGUGGAAUGUGUGAAUUUCAUGUUGCUUCAGAUCAAACAGAUCAAAUUAUAACUAUCAAUCUACUUGAAACAAUUCAUGAUCCGAUAGCAUCUGGAAGGAUUGAAAUAUGGGAUAAAUUGACAAUGAAUCAAAUUGCUAAUUGGUCAUUAGUUAAUCAAACAAUUUUGAAUAAUCAUAAUAAUCAUAUAAAUUAUCCUUCUUUAUUAUUUCAUAGAAAUUCAGGUCCACUGAAAGGUUUAGUAUAUCAAGGUGUUUCUUCUAUCAGAAAUGCUAUUCUAAUAAAAUUUAUUUGGAAAAAACUAACAGAUCGUUUUGUUUGUUCAGAAUUUGCUAACUGUAUACGUGCAUUACUUCAUAUAUCCGUGGGUCAAACUAAAUUGGCUGAAGUAAUUUUGAAGAAUUCAAUAAUCAGUGAAAAUAAUCAACAUGGUCUAUUACUUUAUAAUCCAUGGACAUAUAUUCAUUUAGAAAAUAAUACAUUUGAACAAAAUCAAUAUGAAGCUGGUGUAAAAAUUCUCGGUGGAUCAGCUGAUAUUCUUAUAAAUAAUAAUCAGUUUGUUAGAAAUCAAAAUUCCGGUUUAAACAUAAGUGUAAAUGGUGGAUUUAAACAAAUCAAUAAUUCAUUAUUUCAUAGUAAUUAUGGACAUGGUUUGGUUAUUUGGAAUCUUAAUCAGUCGGAUUUGUCAUCAUUACGUCAACCAAAUCUUCCUCUAAAAACACAUGUUCACCUAUCUAAUUUCACAGGUAAAUUCAAUGUAUAUUUAUUACGUAAUUAUCUGUUUUAUGAUAAUAACUUGGCAAAAAAUAAAUUGAAUUUAGAACAAAUUAAAGCACAAUACAUUGGUGGACAGAAAAUGGAAAUUUUAGUAAAUUUUACAUAUUUUUUCAAAAAUCAUCGCAAUGCAAUCAGAGUUUACUCAUGCCUUUGUAAAGAUCUUAACGUAAUAACUAGUUUUACAUUAGGAUUUAGUUAUUUUAAUACAAAUCAAUUGAAUGCAAUUAUAAUAUCACCAAUGGUUAAUAUAAUUGGAAAAAUUAUUAAUUCAACAUUUGAACAACAUUUACAUGGUGUAAUAUAUAUGGAUAAUUCAGAUAAUCUAUUUAAAUCUGAACAAUUACGUGAAUUUCCUAUUGCCUAUAUAAUAAGUUAUAAUGAAUUUCAAUAUAAUCAUGGUUCUUAUGUUGUACAUUUAAGUUUAACUGAAACAUCAAAGUUACAACGUAUAGAAUUAAUAUAUAAUAAAUUUUUAAAUAAUCGUGUUCAAAUUAAAUCACCAUCAUUAUUGAAACCUCGUUCAACAUGUCCUGCUGUUAUUGUUAUUGGUUCGUCAAAUGUACAUAUAUUUCGUAAUCAUUUAUGGAAUCCUUACUCUGAUAUUGAACUUGCCAGUCAUUUAUCGUCACCAGAUAAACAAAUCAACGCUACUUUGAAUUAUUGGGGCAACCUGCAAGAUUGGUCUACGAAUGAUUGGAGUACUGUGCAUAAAAUUGUAUUUAAUAAGAUUUUCGACCAAAAUCAUCGUUAUACACUGGCCAAAAUCAACUAUCAUCCAUUACUCAAAGAUCUAAAUCUAAGAAGUAAUUUCAUCACUUCAAAUGAACCUCCAUAUAUAUCAAAUUUUAUACAGACUACAACCUCAGUCAAUGAACCAAUUUAUCUUGGCGGUCGAAUUCCAAUCGAACAAAGCAGACAAGUGAUUUUGAAACCUAUGCAAAAUCUGAAAAGUUUUUAUCGUGUAACUAAAGAUAUUUUUAUUCCACCUACUGGGCGCCUUAUCAUUGAACCUGGAGUAAAACUCUCCUUUGACUCUGGUGUUGGUUUAUUUUCUCAGGGCGAAUUAAAACUGGAAGGAACAUUAACGUCUCCAAUUAUCUUUGAUCAUUACUCUCAAUUAAGAUUAAACAAUGAUGAAAUACAAGAGCACUUCAUAAAUCAUGCAAAUUUAAAUAAAUCAAUUCCAAAUAAUACUGUACGUUUAUCUGGAGGUGAAUGGUCUAAAAAUAAUAAUAGUUACUAUGGACGUUUAGAAGUAUGGAUAUCGAGAAUUAAUCAAAUAUCCAGUUUAGAAUAUGGUCAUUGGGCUACUGUUUGCGAAGAUGGUUUUAAUGAGCAUGCAUUAAUGUUAGCAUGUCUUAACAUAGGAUUAGUUGCAAAUCCAAAAAGUUGGCUACCACCAGUCAGUAUACGAGAAGCUACUAUUGAAAAAGCAAAUAGAUUGAUGAAUAGAUCACGAUUUUCAUUAGGUCAUAUAACUUAUAUUGAUUGUCAAGGUUAUGAAACAGAUCUAUCUGAAUGUGAAUACAACUAUGAACCGAUUGUAUAUCCAUUACAAACAUGUAUGAAUUCCAUGGAUCUAGUUAUUCAAUGUCAUCGUCCAGGUUGGAGUGGAAUACGUAUUACUGCUUCAGAUUCUGGAUCACGUACAAUUAUUUCACAUGUUCAAAUACAUCAUGCUGGUCUAUUAGAUUAUACACGUUUAGAAUACAUGCCAAGUUUACAGUUGGAUUAUUUCAGUGGAACUAUAAACAAAUUAAAAAUUACUGAUAGUUUAUCCAAUGGUCUUGUAAUAUUAUAUAGUAAUCCAUUAUUGGGUACAAAAAUUAUCAAUAGUCAAUUUAUAGAUAAUUUCGAAUCAGGAUUAUUAACUUAUACACCAUGGUUUAGUUUAAUUGAUUGUCAAAUAACAAAAAGUCAGAUAAAUUCUGGAUUACAAUAUAAUAGAAUAAUGACAGUUGAACAAAGAUUUGCAUUUCAUGCAGGCAUAGUACCUACUCUAACUUUAUUUCAUAAUAUUGAAGAGAAUUCAAAUACAAUUACUACAACACGUGUUUCAUUACCUGAAGGAUGGAGUUUAGUGGAAACUUAUGAAAAAUUAUCACCGAAUGGUAUUAUAUUUGUUAAUGUACCUGUGGGCAAAAGUAUGGAAAAAACUAUUUAUAGGACUGAAUUAUCAAUUAAUGAUGCAUAUCAUUUCCAUCAAAUUAUUAUUGAUCUUUUGGAAUUCCCUGGCAGUGUCAAAUUACCAACAAGUCAACAACAAGCAGUAAAUUAUCCUAAAGCAUGUAUAGGUCCUUCUAUAACAUUAAACAAUUCAAUUCUACCAGCUAUUCAUUAUAACAAUAACAAUUGUAAUAGAUUAAACAAAUUACAUUGUAUUAAUACAACAAUCAUAACAAAAGAAGAGUUAAUUAUCUAUGAUUCUGGAUUUGUUAAUUUCAAUCCAAUUCAAGUGUAUAAUUGGCGUAUACCAAAAGAUUUAAUUCGUUUACCAUUGAUUUCGUCAACAAAUAAAUUAAUUAUGGAACUUCGUGUAGAUGGUCUAAAAUCUGGUCAAUUUUUAUUUAGUAUUCAAGUGAGAAAUUUAUUUAAUCAACAUAAAAAUUACCAAAUGAAUGAUUAUUUAACUACGACUACUACCUUUGGGAGAAUGUCUAAUUAUGAUCAUUUAAAUGUUCAUUAUUCAUUAAAACCAAAAUUUCAUGUAGAAAAUACUACAUUAGAAGAUAAUCUGAUCGGUGUUAAGUUAUUUCAUCAUAAUGAUCCAAUGGAUAAACAAAAUAAUCAUUUUUGGCGAAAUGAACGUGAAACGUUUAUUUUUGAUAAUGUUAAAAUAAGGAACAAUCUGUAUACAGGAAUGAAUAUACUAUCAGUAACACAAUUCACUGACAGUUGGUUUCAUCCAAAUUACAAAGAAUUUAAACAAUCCGUUGAACAUCUUUCAUUUAUCAACUAUAAUAUUACAAAUUGUGAAUUCGCUUAUAAUAAUUAUGGAAGUUUACUAGUUGAACAUAAUCCUAUUGAAUAUUCAAAUAACAUUUGGUCUUAUCACAUAAUUAAUAAUAAAUUCAUUGAAAAUGGAUUAGUCAACAAUGAAAUAAACACGGUUCAUCUAUUCCCCUUCUCAUUAUCAUCAUCGUCAGCAUUCCGAAUGUUCAAAACUUUUCGACAUGGUUUACAAUUUUAUCUACCAUUUAUCUCAAAUGAAUUGAAUUGGCGUUAUGAAUCUGGUAUUAUCAACCAUCAAAUUUCUUUAUUACAUAAUCAAUUCAGUUUUAAUAAGAAUUUCCAUGUACAAAUUUCUGGUUAUACAGCAAAAUUAAACAUUGAAAAUAAUCAAUUUUUAGAGAAUUAUUGUCAAAAUGUUUUACCCGGUGAAAAACAAAUAUCAGAAAAUGGAUUAGUACAAUCUUGUGGUAUGGAACGUGAAAUUAUCUUGUCAGAGAAUUAUUUCUUACGUAAUAAAAAUUGUUCAUAUAUUAUUCAAUUGAAAGGUGAAAGCCAAUCACGUGAUUUGGUCAUGCUUCAAUCUUUUAUGAAGAAAAAUAUCCUUCAAGAUAAUGAGAUAUGUAUGAAUAGUGAGAAAAGAUUUCAAUUUGUUAACCCAUGGGAAUGUUAUACAAUGGGAGUUUUCGGUACACAAAAUAUUACUAUCAGGCAUAAUAGCUUUGAUAAUUGUAAGUCUAUUUCAGUCAGCAGUAAUCCAUGUUAUGAAUUAAUUGCCGGCAUACAAUCUAUACAGAUCCCAAAUUUCUUAGAUGCUCAACAAAACUAUUGGGCUAGUUCAAAUAUAACAGAAAUACGCCAACAUAUAUUUGAUUUUAAUCAAUGGAAUAGUUUCUCUUUAAUAAAUUUCAAUAAUUAUUUAACUUCAUUUCAUCCUAUCACUAAUCAUUUAUCACUGAAACUUUCAACACCUACUAGAAUGAAUCCACUAAAUGUGGAAGAAAUCUUGAAUGGUCGAAUAGAAAGCGAUCUAUUUGUUCCAAGCCGUUUAAAACCUUAUAGAAUCAUGUCAGAUAUUACUGUAAUGCCUGGAGUAGAACUUAAAAUUGAAGCUGGUGUAAAAUUUGAAUUUGCUCCACAUAUUGGUUUACUAGUUCUUGGUCGAAUAGAAGCACUUGGAACACAUGAUAGUCCUAUAAUUUUUACAUCUAUAAAUAAUUCUCAAUUGGAGAAUAAUCAAUUUAAUUCAAUGAAAAAAUCGAAUUUAAUGAUCACAAAAUUAAGAAAACCUAAAAUCGUAAACACUAAUAAUAAUCAUAAGUCAACAACGGAGACUUAUUUAUCAGUUGGUAGGAUAACUUUAUCUACAGAAACUGUUAGAUUAAUAGGUGGUGAACAGUCUAAUGAAGGGUUUGUUCAAUUUUUUAAUUACUCAACCAAAAAUUGGUAUAUUGCUUGUGAUAAACAAUUCUCUACACGUGUAGCUCAAUUAGUUGGUGAUGUAAAUUGCAGAAAGAAACUUAACACUAUUAAAUGCCAAAGUGUAAAUGUAGUUUGUUCAGAGUUCAAUGUAUCUACAUUGGCUGCAAUUGUACGCUUCUCGAAUCUCUAUGAUCAUUAUGUCUACGGAUUCCAAAAUUUAUUGAAUAUCAAGCAUAUUUGGAUGGAAAGUUACACAUGUAAUGGAUUCGAAAGUAAAUUAGCUUAUUGUCGUAGAAGACUAAAUUACGAUGCUGUUCAAUGUUUGAAGCGCAAAGACUUUGCCUUUUUACGUUGUAUACCUCAAAUCAAUAAAACCUUAUCAAUAGACAAAACGAUCGUAGAUUUAUCUACUUCGACUUGGGGCAAUAUUCGCAUUGUACAACCUAAUUCUGAGCACUAUCCAGCUAUGUUGCCCAAUAAUCCCAUGACUUAUACCAAAAAACAAUCUGUACUUGAAUAUGUUAAUAUAGAAAAUGCUGGUUUACUGCAUGGUAAACGUGUUCCAGCGCUGACUAUAGUGUAUGCUUACCCAAAACUCUCAUUCAUUAAGAUUAAUAAUUGUUUUGAUUCUGGACUUGAAAUUAUUACGCCAAAUGGUCCAAUCAAAGUUACUAACUGUACUAUAUCAAAAUGCCUUGGACGCGGAUUAGGUUUGACAAUAUUUAACAGUGAUUCUACUGAUCCAGUUACGAUUGGGACAGAAAAUUCUAAAUCCUUCUAUAAUAAUCCGUCAACAUUUCCACCUGAACAACAUUCAUUAUUCCCUUUACCACAACCAUCAUCUGGACAUAUAUUAUUUAACAGUAAAUUAUCAAAUGAAUUCGCUCGUUCACCUUUAAGUGAAUAUCCAUUUAAAAAUGAAGAGAUUUUAUUUGGUUUUAUUGCAAUGUGUUCAAGUGAAAAAGUGAUCAAUGUGCUAGAUCGUGUUCUCGUUCAAUUUAAAUAUUCUUCAUGGUUAAAUGGUAUACAUUCAUGUACCAAGGUAUUUCGUUCAAUAAUACCAGGACGUCGUUUAGCAUGGAGAUUUUUAGCAGUUAAUUUAUAUUACGAUCCAUUGGUUGAAAAUUUCAUUCAAUUGUAUAAUGGUGUAAAUCAAACUGCAAAUCAAAUGAUUACAGUUAUAACACAAGAUACUCUAUCAAUGAAUGAAAAUUAUCUAGCCAAUAAACACUACACAUUUGUCACUUCACCAAUCCAUGAUGAAUUUAGUGUUUAUGUACAUACUAGUUCAGUUAGUGAUGAUAAGUAUGGAUUUAUCGCGGAAAUUAUUAGUUUACCAUUAUCUGUUGGACGUAAACAGCAAGAAAUGAACAGAUUUAUAAAACAUGAGAUUGAUACCUGUGAGUUUCAUCAUAAUCAAGAAGGUGGAUUACGGAUAACUAGUAUUGGUGAAUUUGGACCUGAUAUACAUUUAUCAAAUCUUCGUUUGGAAGAAAAUGGUCUAGUUAUGUUAAAUUUAACUGGUCCAUCAGCUAUAGAGUUGUAUUUGACGAAUUCCCGUAAUUUAGUGAUACAAAACUCUUACAUUGCUAAACAUUCUGGUGACAUAAUUAAUAUGGUUUUAUUAGCUAAUCAACUUACCAAUGGAAUUCAAGCAAAUUUGACAAAUAAUGUUAUUGUUCGUAACAAGUUGGGCAGUGUUCUUCAAGCUCACGGGAAUCAUUUCAACGCCAUACAAGUAUUACGUAAUUAUAUAGCACAUAAUGAUUGUGGUUAUAGAACAAUGAUUCAUAUAAAUGGUGUAUUAAGUCAACCAUUUGCAAAUAAUUUCAUUUAUGAUAAUCGUGCUGAUAUACUACUUAAAUGUGAAGGAAAUGAAAAUUUAAAUCAAUAUUCUAUUUAUCAAAAAAAUGGUUUUUAUAAUAAUCAAGCCUUAAAUAUAACAAAACGUACAACUAUAUUUUGUAAAAAUUCUAAAAAUAUAUUUCGAUAUAAUUAUUUUCGUAAUAUAUUAAAUGAUUAUGAGCUUGUUACUGGGAAUCAAAGUAUAAUUAGUGUUUUACCAAUACAAUCAGGAUUUCAAUGUCCAACUUCCCCUUAUACAUCGUGCCCCCAAGGAUGGAAAUUACGCUUGGAAUACGACGCUUGUAUAUGUUAUAGACCGGAUCAAAUCGAUGCACAAUAUAACUGGUGGGGAGAUACGUCAUCAUCAUCAUCAUCAUCAUCAUCAUCAUCAUCAUCAUUGCCAACAGUAUCAUCAUUAUCAAACAAUCAACUAUUGUUAAUGAAUUCUGUGAAAUCGACAAACAUAACAAUUCACAAUGAAAAUCACAAUCAAAUAACUUCACAAAAUUUUGCACAAAAUCGAAUUUAUGAUCAUCAAGAUGAUUUAUAUUUGAUUAAAGUGAAUUAUGCUAAUUCUUAUCUAAGUAAUAGUUCAACAUUAGGACAAGGAAUUUAUUGUCCACCCAAUUGGGAUUUUUAUGAAUUUAAUUGUUUUUAUUAUUUUGGUGCACCAAUGACACAUCAAGAAGCAAAUGAUUUUUGUCUUUCUGAAGUUGAUGGAAUUUUAGCAACUUCACAAGAUCGCACUGACUGGUUAGGUAAAAUGCUUGGAGAAUGGCAACAUAACUAUGAUUGGAUAAACAGGUAUACUUGGGUUACUAGGGCAUGGGUAGAUAGUGACGCUCAAUUUCCGACACAUUGUACCGUCAUUCGAAAUGGAUGGCUUGAACCAUAUCCAUGUAACAAGAAAAUCGGAUUUUUCUGCCAGAAAAAAGUUAUAAGCUUUUUUAUUCACCCUACCGAGGUAUUAAUCGCUUAUGCUGUGUAA